AUGCCUCCAAGGGUCUCGAAAAAGCGAUCCGUCAGUACUUCCCCAGAGGCACGUCAACCUAAACGCGUUUGUGCCAAUCUCGCGUCUCCUACAUCCGCUACCUCGAUUCCUGCAGAGAACGCGUCGAGCAAGACCAGAACCGACAACAACAACACGGAAACUACCAACCUAAAACCGAAGUUGAAGAUCAUACUCACGCUCAAGCAAGAUGCAGAAGCAGCUAAAGUAGCUUCAAAAGCGACCCAGAAACAACCAAUUGAUCCUUUGGAAAAAGCAAGUCUGAAGAAAUGUGUGCGAACCAGCGUUCCAUCUCCAAAAUCUUUCACAACUGGCUCUGUAGAUGAUGCGCCAAUCAAGAAAAGGAAGAAAACAGAGGUCAAGGAGGUCCCAGUAGUAUCAAAAAAGCCUCCCAAAGCGCCCGGAAAACAAUCAGUCACUCCUUCUGAAGAGGCAAAGAACAAAUGUUUGCCGGUUAGUGCUGAGUCCGACAAGUUCACAACCUCUGUCUGCGUGGAAGAUACACCGAGCAAGACCAAGCUAGAGACCAAGAGCAAGAAAAAUGCAGUACCUACCGUGAGGAAAACCAUUCCUCUAAAGCCUAAAUUGUCUAAAUUGGCAGCACAACCAGCACAACUGGAACCAGUACCAUCAGCACAAGAUGCGCCCAGCAAAUCUAGGUUCGCAGAAAAAGAAGUCGCUGCAAUCCGUAAAAGAUCAAACGAUAUAGAUGAGGCAAUGAUCAGAACCAAGAUCAAGACCAAGACCAAGACCAAGACGAACGCAGCCGCUACCGCAACCGCAAACACAAUACCUCACACAAACCAAUUUGUCUCAAUCAACACUCCGCCUCCAAAGCCGAGAGCACGAAAGCCUCUCAGAGAGCUCGAAAAUGCAGGAAACAACGCCAUUGAUGGCCAAAUACAACCAAACAAUGACGACGAAGAUCUCGAAUCAGAAGGUAUUACCCAGGAUUUCGAUCCAACGUAUAACACACUACCAAAAUCGCCACCUCGAGAUCCUGCCAAGUCAUUUGGUCCCAAAGAAAAGAAGGCCAUUACCAUUUGGAUGCGAGUGAACAAUGCAGCUGGAACACGAGGCAACCUUGUCGCUUUCCAAGAGCUCUUAUACUCUCUAGGCUGUCUAGACCCAAGUUUCGACAAAGAGAUCUUGGCGAACUUUUACCAGCGGACUGAGCGAUACAUUAUAAGAAUCAAGAAUUCAUUGAAGGAAUGCGGUGCAGUUUUGUUUCUAGGAGAUGAUAAGCUAGAAAUGGAACCGAUCUUUGCGGAUUGGACGGUGGUUUGGUUAGAAGAGGAUUGGGAUGGGGCCGUUGAUACGAGAGUAUACUAUACUGACAACUAUCUUGAGAAAUACUCACCCGCUCUUGGAGGAGAUGAGGUUGUUGCGGUAGAGCGACCGGCCGACGAGCCAUUCGAAGAGGAAGCGGAGAUUCUCUAUGUGGGGGAUCCUGAUGAAGUCGUUGCCAAAAUCACCAAUACUAACACUAGUAAAGUCAAAGUCCCAGUAUGUGAUCCUAACCCCUACGGAAUGGCGGAUUGGAAAUAA